GGUGCAGAGUCCCCUCCUGAAUCCGGAUCGCAUCGCGCGCUCCACCGUGCCGCCUCGAUCGCCUCCUCCUCCGACGCCGGCGACGCCGACGCCGACGCCGGUGCGGCUGGCCGGCACCAGGAGGCGACCUGCCCUCCAGUUUCUCGCGGCGCGGCAGUGUUCGCGAGUGAUCCGCCGGUUGGGUACCAUUUCACUUGCGGAGGCCACCUGACACAGUUAUCUUAAGACUGCUGUAUACAAAAUGUCUGAAUUUCUUGAGCUUGAGGCUCUGGAUGGGAUAAGGAUGCCAUGGAACGUUAUUCCAGGCACAAAGGAGGAUGCUGUGAGCUGUGUCGUCCCUGUUUCUGCCAUCUAUACUCCUCUCAAGUCAAUUCCUGAUAUGCCAGUAGUGCCAUAUGCUCCCCUUCGCUGCCGCAUGUGUCGUUCCAUCCUCAAUCCCUUCUCCAGAGUCGACUAUAAUGCUAAGAUCUGGCUCUGUACAUUCUGCUUUCAGCGCAAUCAGUUCCCUCAACACUAUUCCUCAAUCUCAGAAAACAAUCUUCCUCCAGAACUCUUCCCUCAGUAUACCACUAUUGAGUACAUAUCCACUGCAGAAACAGGUCCUGUAAUGCCUCCUGUUUUCAUCUUUGUUGUGGAUACUUGCAUUAUCGAGGAAGAAAUUGGUUAUUUGAAGUCUGCUCUGGCACAGGCUACUGAGCUAUUGCCAGAUAAUUCCCUUGUUGGAUUCAUUACUUUUGGGACAUAUGUACAGGUGCAUGAAUUGGGUUUUGGUUUGUUGCCGAAGUCAUAUGUGUUCAAGGGAACAAAGGAGGUCAGCAAGGAACAAAUAUUGGAGCAAAUGUGCUUCUUUGCAGGCAAACAAAAGCCCACCACAGGGGUUAUAGCUGGAACUAGGGAUGGUCUUUCAUCAGAGAGCAUCUCUAGGUUCCUUGUGCCUGCUUCAGAGUGCGAGUUUGUACUGAACUCAGUUAUUGAAGAGCUGCAAAAGGACCCUUGGCAUAUUCCAGCUGAUCAACGUGCAUCAAGAUGCACUGGAGCUGCAUUAAGUGUGGCCGCCAGUCUCUUGGGGGUUUGUGUCCCUGGAUCAGGUGCUAGGAUCAUGGCAUUUGUUGGGGGUCCAUCUACAGAGGGACCUGGUUCUAUUGUAUCCAAAUCCUUAACAGAACCAAUUCGCUCACACAAAGACCUUGAUAAAGACUCGGCUCCACUUUUUGAUAAAGCUGUUAAGUUCUAUGAUCAGAUUGCUAAGCAGCUUGUGCACCAAGGACAUGUGCUGGAUUUGUUUGCUUGUGCAGUCGACCAGGUUGGUGUUGCUGAAAUGAAGGUUGCAAUUGAGAAGACUGGGGGAAUUGUUGUGCUUGCUGAAAGUUUUGGUCACUCUGUUUUCAAAGACUCGCUUCUUCGCAUCUUUCAGUCAGCAGACAACGGCCUUGGAUUAUCAUUCAAUGGUAUUCUCGAGAUUAACUGCUCAAAAGAUGUAAAGAUUCAAGGCAUUAUUGGGCCUUGUUCUUCCCUGGAGAAGAAAAGUCCUCUGUCUGCAGAUACUGUUAUUGGUCAGGGAAACACCAGCGCCUGGAAGAUGUGUGGUCUUGACAAGAAAACAUCGCUUUGCUUUGUAUAUGACAUCUCAAGAAAAGUUGGCCCAGAUACAGUCGCUCAGCAGACAGGCGAACAGCUCUACCUUCAAUUCGUAACCUAUUAUCAGCAUCAUGAGGGCCAGAUGAGAUUGCGAACUACUACGAUCUCCAGACAAUGGGCUUCUGGUGCUGCUACUGUGCAGGAGCUGAUAGAUGGCUUUGAUCAAGAAGCCGCAGCCGCAGUUGUGGCACGCUUGGUCUCAUUUAAGAUGGAAACUGAGGCUGAUUUUGAUCCAAUAAGAUGGCUUGACCGUGCUUUGAUACGUUUAUGUACCAAAUUUGGAGACUAUCAGAAGGAAACACCCUCAUCUUUCAGUUUGUCUCCACGUCUAUCAAUAUUCCCCCAGUUUAUGUUUAACUUGAGGCGUUCUCAGUUUGUCCAGGUUUUCAAUAAUAGCCCCGAUGAAACCGCAUAUUUUAGGAUGAUGUUGGAGAGGGAGAAUGUGGGCAAUGCAGUUGCAAUGAUUCAACCUUCACUUAUAUCCUACUCCUUCCAAUCAGGGCCAAUGCCUGUUCUCUUGGAUGCAACUGCAAUUGGUCCUGACAAGAUCCUUUUGUUGGAUUCUUAUUUUUCUGUCGUCAUCUUCCAUGGGAUAACCAUUGCACAAUGGCGAAAGGCUGGUUACCAAGAUCAAGAAGGCCACGAGGCGUUUGCCCAGUUGUUAAAAGCUCCACAUGACGAAUCUGAUGCCAUAAUCAAAGAGCGGUUCCCUGUGCCCCGUUUGGUUGUUUGUGAUCAAUAUGGAUCUCAGGCUCGAUUUUUACUGGCAAAGCUAAAUCCAUCCGUGGCAUAUAACUCUGACAACCCUGCUCCCGGAGGAGACGUGAUAUUCACGGACGACGUGAGCUUCGAGGUGUUCAUGGACCAUCUCCAGCGGUUAGCGGUCCAAUAGGGGAUACAUAUAUGACUCCUGAGGAGAGCAAUUUUGUGCCAGCAAAGCAAAGCAAUCAUCUCUUGUGGUGUACAGUAAAGAGGCAUUCUUCGUUGGUGUUUAUCGUUCUUGUUACUUUGUAUUGUGUCGACCGGCUUUGUGCUUCGGUUACAGAAGUGUAAAAAGGUGCAUGCUAUCUUUUUUCUUUUUUCUUUUGCAAUUCAGGAGCUCUACAGAUUACUCAGUCGUAAAACAUUUGCGGGUAAUACAAUCAUGGAGAAAAUUUGGAAC